CGUCUUUUUUUUCUUUUUUCCAUCCAUUUUCCCCACCGCCGUCGACGGUUUGCGCGAUACAAACAAUAAUUAUUAUUUUUCGUUUUGCUCGUCACCAACGCCGCCGACGCCGCUACCGUCCCCACCACGCCGCCACCUCGACCGUCCGACCACCCUCCCCGAAACACUUCUUGGUUAUCAGUAUAACGCGGCGUCUCCCGACACGACCGUCGACAGUGGUGUUCGAGCGGUAAAAGAUCGAAACUCGCGCGUCGCAAAGCGGUAAUAGGACGAACGCCGACAAACGCCAGUGGGGACGACCGUGCGAACCGAACACCCGCGCGCCGGUUCUCUUGACCGUGAGCACGAUAUGCAAACGCCGAGUCGCCGACGGUAGGUAGCGAUAACGGACACGCGCGCCAUGCAUCACGGCGGACGACGGACACCUGACCGGCAUUGAGCACCCAUCGCGACCGGAGGAACUGCGUGUGAAGCGGAGCCAGUGGACGUCACACUACACCUGUAGGUGUGCAUCUCUAUAAAUAAUAUAAAUUUGUCGUGGACAAUCGAUUGUAUUCAAAAUGGCAGUUCACGGGUCAACACCCAAGCGUAAAGAAAUUUACAAACAUGAGGCGCCAUGGCCGCUGUACAGUAUGAACUGGUCUGUGCGGCCCGAUAAACGAUUUCGCCUGGCAAUUGGGAGCUUUGUAGAGGAAUACAAUAACAAAGUACAAAUUGUAUCAUUAGACGAAGAAGUAUCGGAGUUCAGUCCUAAGAGCACAUUUGAUCAUCCGUAUCCAACGACCAAAAUUAUGUGGAUUCCUGAUAGUAAAGGAGUAUUUCCCGAUUUAUUAGCUACAAGUGGUGAUUAUUUACGAAUCUGGAGAGCAGGUGAACCAGAAACAAGACUGGAAUGCAUUCUUAAUAAUAACAAGAACUCAGACUUUUGUGCUCCAUUAACCUCAUUUGACUGGAAUGAAGUUGAUCCAAACUUAAUUGGUACAUCAAGUAUAGAUACCACAUGUACAAUUUGGGGUCUUGAAACAACUCAGAUUGUUGGACGAAUUAAUUCUGUUGCUGGGCAUGUGAAGACUCAACUUAUUGCCCACGAUAAAGAAGUGUAUGAUAUAGCAUUUAGUCGUGCUGGAGGUGGCCGUGAUAUGUUUGCUUCAGUUGGGGCUGAUGGUUCAGUUAGAAUGUUUGAUCUGCGGCAUUUGGAACAUUCUACAAUAAUUUAUGAAGAUCCUCAGCACUCUCCAUUACUUAGGCUCGCAUGGAACAAGCAAGAUCCCAAUUAUCUUGCUACAGUUGCUAUGGAUGCAUGCGAAGUUAUUAUAUUGGAUGUCAGAGUGCCUUGUACACCUGUUGCUAGAUUAAACAAUCAUAGGGCAUGUGUUAAUGGAAUUGCAUGGGCACCACAUUCAUCUUGCCAUAUAUGCACUGCUGGUGAUGAUCACCAGGCCCUUAUAUGGGAUAUCCAACAAAUGCCUAGGGCCAUUGAAGAUCCAAUCCUAGCAUAUACCGCUGCAGAAGGUGAAAUCAAUCAAAUUCAAUGGGGUGCCACUCAACCAGACUGGAUCGCUAUUUGUUACAACAAGUCGUUGGAAAUAUUACGAGUGUAGUAAUACUGUUGGACUGUAAAUGUUGUAAAUGCAUUAUUAUUAUAUAAUAUACUGUUUUAAUUUUUAACAAAUUUUUCACACCAAUACAAAUUAUUUGACUCAGAUUUUACUAACAAGACUUAUAAUUAUUAUUUCUUACUUAUGAUUUAUAAGAGACGGUGAUUUAUUUUUUAUUUUUGGUUAAUUUGUAUUUAUGUUUUCCUGAGUUAUAUUAUUCUAAUAAUUUUUUACAACAUAGUCCAAUACUUUGUAUUAUUAAAAAUUUUAGUAUAAAAUGUAUUUCGUUAACAGCCCGCCGGUAGAUGAUUUUUAGCCUUUAUUUAUAAUGAAGAAGAAUACUCUUAUAGUAAUAAUGUAUAUUUUAGUGUGUCGACAUUUGGUUUUUCAAUUGUUGUAAGCUAGAAAAUUAUAAAAAUAAAUGGUAUAUAUUAUAAAUUUAUUUUUAUUAUUUAAAUAGUGGUGUCCAACACAUUUAUGUUUAAGCAAAUAUUAUAUAAGAUCAUUAAUUUGCGAUAUGUAAAUAUUUACCAAGUAUCAAUAAUAUUAAUUACUUUUUGACGAUUGUGUGAUUUUUUUUUAAAUUUUUUAUGGUAAAUUUAAUUUUUGCUAAUCGCAUUUGUAUGAAAACGCAAUAAUUAAUUUUAAUAUUUUUAUACAGUGUGGUGUCAGUGUAAAUGCAACGACUAUUUGAAUUACCCACUGUUAGUAUUUUAAGUAUAAUUAAUAAAUAGUUAUUUACUAGUAACAUGUAAGUUAUUAAUACUUAAAAUCAACUGUUUUAAUGAUAACAAUUAAAUCAUUUUAAUCCA